AUGGCUUCAAGUCUCACAGUAUCUCUCGUGGCAGCUUUUCAAGCAAGCAUGGCUGUACUCCUAGUGAUAUUCUACGGUGCUCUAUCGGUAUACAUGGAGCUUCUCGAUAGCAAAUCUGCCAAAAUGAUGUCCAAAAUCUCAGUCAAAUUCUUUCUACCCGCAUUGGAAUUUGUCAAGAUCGGCAGAGAAUUACAUGCUGGAGGAGGUCAUCGUUACAACGUCAUUUUGGUGUGGGCAUGUUUAACACAUACAAUUUCAUUCUUGAUUGGAGCAGGUGCUCAUUUCAUCUUCGGGAUGCCGGAUUGGAUUACUGCAACUAUAAUGUUCAAUAACACGACAAGUUAUCCUUUAAUGUUGAUUCAAGCUUUAGACCAAACUGGUCUUUUAAAUCCGUUACUUCUAGAAGAUGGGGGAACAGGAUAUAAUCCAGUCGAACAGGCAAAGUCAUAUUUCCUUGUUUAUUCGGUUCUCUCAAGCUGUCUGACAUUUGCCAUUGGUCCUCAGGAUCUUUUGUCUGCACUCGCACAGGUACAACAGGACAGGGAGGGUGAAAGUGAAGAUGAUGAUGAAAGAUUGCAUUUUCCUACCGAACACACCAAUCUUCUUUCGCCUCAGCAUCGACCAGCAAUUUCUAGCAGAUCUACCUCCUUUUUCCCAUCGAGACGUGCUUCGGCUACUAUGACACCUCCUACACGAGAUACAAAUCGAGCAAUCGUAUACGAAAGACGUCCCUCCUCUAUUAUAAGUAGACGAAGAUGGUUUGAACUUAGUGAUCGAGUUCGAUGGUGGUUACUUUUCUUUUACGACUUCUUGAACGCACCUCUUCUUGGUGCCAUAGCCGGUGCAAUCGUCGGACUGUCACCAAUUCUCCACCGAGCAUUUUUCAACGAAACAGUUGACGGGGGAAUUUUUACAGCAUGGCUCACCGCAUCUCUUGAAAAUAUUGGAAUUCUUUUUGUCUCUCUACCCGUCGUAGGUGCAGGAGUAUCACUCUACUCAGCCGUCACCAAAACUAGUGAAAAGGGGAAAGGCAAAGAACCUACUAGCACACCCUGGUUUACAACUUUCUACGUUCUCGCAGUACGAUUCGCAAUUUGGCCUGUUAUUUCUACGGGAAUCAUUUACUAUUUGGCGAAAAACACAAAUUGGGUGGGAGAAGAUCCAAUGCUUUGGUUCUCGAUGAUGUUCAUGCCUUUGGGUCCACCGGCUGUGAAACUUAUCACAAUGGUAGAGGUCAGUGAUGCUAAAGAGGAAGAUCAACAUAAGGUUGCUAAAUUACUCGCGAUUUCGUAUGCUAUAUCUCCAGUCAUGUGUUUUGCGGUUGUUGGAAGUUUGAAUGCAUGCCAAGCGGCAAAAAGUUGA